AUGGACACUCACGGUCGUGACGAGCGCCCUGCCACCGACUCUUAUCGUCGCAGAUCGCCUGGUGCCUCAGAAAGACGCGGACGCCCGGCCCGUGAACGCUCUCGCUCUCCGAAGGUUAUCGACCGUUACCAGCCCGAUCGCUCAGGCAGGGAUGAUUACUACCGUGGCCGCGAUGAUGUACACCGCCGACGCUCGUCGCCUCCGCCCGUGCAACCGGGAAUCGAUCGAUACGUCCCUGGCCAAGAUCCUACUCCAAUUCUCAUGACCAACCCUCUGCCGAAUCCCUUGACACUCGACUACCAGGUUGGCUUCAACUGGUUCGCCGAAUGGUGGAGGAUGGAGCAGCUCGUGAAAGAAGAAAAAGAGCGUCAGGCCAACGGUGGCCGUCGCCCCGAGCGCCUCAAGGGUGAACGUGAGGCCCGGGAAGAGCGCGGCCAAGAGCGCGAGAAGAUACAGGCUGCAUACGAUGCCUACAAGGAGAAGCUUCAGGUACAGAUGGCUCGGACCUUUGUUCAACAACACAAGGGUGAAGAAUGGUUCAAAGAACGCUACGACCCCGAGGCAAGAGACAUCUUCCGCCAACAUCUCAGCGAAUUCCGCCGUGACAUCUACAACCAGUGGGAACAAGAUUUGGAAUCCGGUCUUUUUGAUGAGUUUACCCUGGAAGGCAUCUACAAGAGCGAAAGCAAUGGCGCAGGCGGCGUCGUAGAGAAAGAGGAGGGAGAAACUACCGCAGCGAACGAAGUGCUGGGCGUUGGCGAUCUCCUCCCUUCCAAAGGCGGAGAUUUGCGAGACGAGGCUGCUCUUCAGCCUACGCUCCUCAUCAAGACUAUCGCUCCGACUGUGAGUAGGGUGAAGAUGGAGGCUUUCUGCAAGGAGCACCUCGGUGAAGGUGAGGGCGGCUUCAAAUGGCUUAGUCUAAGUGACCCGAAUCCGCUCAAGAAGUGCCACCGUAUCGGCUGGGUCAUCCUCAACCCUGGUGCGGAACAAGCGCCAAAAGAUGAGCGUGGUGAUGGGCGCGAGGAGGAAGGCGAAGACGUCGAUAUGGCACGGUCCGAGGCUGAUGCACCAAGUGUUUCAACUGCUGAAAAGGCGCUUGCCGAGAUCAACGGAAAGACAAUUCAGGACGAGGUUCGCGGUGACUUCACGUGUCACGUCGGAAUCCACGAGCCUCCUGCUGCACCGCGGAAGAAAGCGUUGUGGGAUCUCUUUUCUGCUCCUGAACGCAUUGAGCGCGAUCUCCAACUUGCCAUGCGCCUAGUGUCUAAGCUGGACGAAGAGCUGGGUUCCGAGCACAACAGCUUGAGUAAGAUCGAGGAGAGGGUUGAGAUGCUCUUGAGCCAAGGCGCUCUGCAACCUCCGGUUACCGCACCCAGUGGAAAGAAGGAAAAGAAGGAAGAAGAUGAGGAGAUCGAGGAGGGAGAGGAUGUCAACAUGGAUGAUGAGGAAGAAGGAGCGUACGACGAGGAAGUUGAUGACGAGGAGCUGCUUGUCAAGAAAAAGAAGCUUGAUCUCCUGGUGGAAUACCUCCGUCGUGUUUUCAGUUUCUGCUUCUUCUGCGUCUUUGAGAGUGAUUCAGUACAUGAGCUCACUCGCAAGUGUCCUGGUGGACACCUGCGCCGCCCCCGGUCUAGCCUCACCACUGCUGCGAAGACGGUCGCCAAGGCCAGUGCCGCGGGCCAGGCAUUCCCGCUCAAAAAGCAGGAGUCGGUCACGGAGGAAGAAUCAGCAGGAUCACCGAGUCAGGAGAAGAAGACGUUCAAGACUAGCGGCAAGAACCAACAGCAGCUUCAGAGAGCGUUCAACUGGGUUAAGACGUAUGAGGACAAGCUUCUGCAAAUCCUCGAACCCGAGAACGUGGAUCUAAAGAAGCUAGGCGGUAAGCCGGUGGAAGAGGCGAUGGAAGACGAACUCAUCAAGUACGUCAAGCAGGAGGACGAGGCCAAGUUCCGCUGCAAGGUCCCCGAGUGCACAAAGCUCUUCAAGGGCCAGCCGUUCUGGAGAAAGCACGUGGAAAAGAGACAUCCCGAAUUCUACGAAAAAGUGCAGUCUGAGGUCGAAAUGGUCAACCGCUAUGUCCUGGACCCUGCGCACAUUGCCCCCUCUCGCAGUGAUGCAAACAGCAACGGACACUUCCCCCUGCACAAUAACGUGCCGACGGGGACGCCUCGCGGGUUCAACUUGGCGAGCAUGCCGUUUGGCUUCCCUGGCAUGGCGCCGAACCAAGCAGCAUUCUCGGCGUUGUUUGGGCAGCAGGGCAUGGCCAAUGGCUACGGGGCAUUUGGCGACGACGACCGGCACGCGGCCGGCCCGAUGCGGCGGGGAAACGCGGGGUCUCGGUACGGCAGUCGGACAGCGGGCCCGUACGAUCGACAGCAGAAGGACGCGCGCAACAUGCGGUGGAACGGCGGAUCUGGCCGGCUGACGCCGCCGCGAGGCAACGGACGGGCUGGGACAGGGACUCGGUAUACCGAUGGAGGUGCGGUAGGCCCGCGCGAGGCGGUGCAGGGAAGGAGCCUUAAGAGCUACGAGGAUUUGGAUGCAGCAGGUGGCAGCGUCGGCGAGCUCAACUACUAG